AUGCAGACUGGUGGGAUCCCACGAAAUGGUCUGAUGGCAUCAACGCCGUGGGCUACCGAAACUUCGCUGCGCCUAUCAAUCACAAUCAGCCCCAAGAAGCCAUCGUUAUGCAACGGCUGUCUACUAUCGCCAUACAACCACCGCCGGGCGCUCGAAGGCAUCCACUUUGCAAGUAUCGUGGUAAAAACCGCCACCGAUAUGCUGAAUCGACGCUGGAAGCUGUUCAUGGACUUUUGCUCAUAUCGUGACCUACACGAGCUCAUAGUCGAGUACUUCGUCCAGAGAGUAGAUAUUCCAGAGCCAUUCAUAUGGUAUGUCGCGGAGCAACUUCUGCUAGCAGCACAAGUACUGCUUCAAGGCGGCACGGGUGCAAACACCGUGCCGAAUUGGCGUGGCAUCAUACACAGAGACACCAAGCCUAGCAAUCUUGGUGAUUUCGGCUUCGCUUGCGAGACUGAUGUUAAUGACGGGACAAACAAUCCCGUCGAGUUCUUCGAAGACGAAGGCACGGAUGGCUUCCUCUCGCCGGAGCAGAGAAGAUGGUACAGGAGGAACGGAGAUUUCGACCUGAGUGCCAGGCGAAGACUACGAGAGCAGACGAAUGUCUGGGGCGUAGGCAUCAUCCUUUGGUCCAUGGUGAACCUCCAACCCGACGGCUGGCCCGGCAUAGGCCGCCAGAACAGACAGCCCCCGUUCCUACCGGGAAUGUACUCUGCAAGCCUAUCCAAUUUCAUUGCGCAAUGCGUCCGGUAUAAUCCCACUGGAACAAUAGGCCGCCCUACGGUCGCUCAAGCUUUGAACCAAAUUCGAAAUAAUCCACUGGUCCCGGGGCAUGAUAAUUUCCAGAGUAUGGAGACGGCGGAUCCGGGUGUACAUCUUAGUAGGAGUACGAAUCCGCAUAGGUUGCAGCACUUCCGACCUCAUGAUAGGUAUCGACUUGGGUUGAGGAGAGAGCAGAUGCCGAAGAUGUAG